UUGACUUAGCGCAAAUUAUCAGGACACUUUAGGUCCGAGUAUUUAUCAAGGAAGAGAAUUUAGUUCAUAUAAGCCACUGACCUUAGUUUGAGCAGUCAACAUCAUCGCAUGAAGCAUGAAACAACUUUUCUGUUGGGCGAUCAUGAUCACCAUAGUGUCAUUGGCAUAUGCUGCAGCUGACACCGUCAAUGAUGACGAGCAACCCAUUGUGCGCACGUCGACGGCUACAUUUCAUGGCACGGAAAUCAAUGUCCAGCCCUAUCUCCUACCUGAUUUUCGUGGGAGAGCAGUGGCGUACACGAGUAUCCCUUAUGCUGAACCUCCACUGGGCGACUUACGGUUUCGACGUCCAUUUCCUAAGGUCAUCGAAGGUGACUUCGACGCAACGAGAAAGUCUGUGGCAUGUCUCCAGCCUAUUCAGCCACAUUUUAAGAUUAACAUGGAUAUGUCAGAAGAUUGCCUUACUCUAGACGUGUUUGUUCCUCAGCCAAAGCCAUUGUCUGCUGCUGUUAUGGUGUGGAUACAUGGAGGGGGCUAUAUGGUCGGAGCAGGUUCCGUCCCAGAAGCAUUACCCGUUCCAUUGACCGUCAUGAAUGACGUCAUAGUGGUUACAAUCAACUAUCGUCUCAAUAUAUUUGGCUUCAUCACUCUUGGAGAAGAAGACGUGAGUGAUGCUAAUGUUGGAUUGUUGGAUCAGCAUCAGGCCUUGAUCUGGAUUCAAGAAAAUAUUGCAGCAUUUGGUGGAGAUCCGACGAGAGUGACAAUCUUCGGAGAAAGCGCUGGUGGGAUGAGUGCAGGUUUUCACGUCCUAUCACCAAUGAGCAAAGGUCUCUUUUCAAGAGCUAUCUUUCAGAGCGGCACCGUGACGUCACAAUGGUCUUAUGGAACGCUGACUGAAGGCGAAGAAACUGCGUUUGUAUAUGGCCGUGCCCUGAAUUGCAGUCAGGAUACUCACCGGGAACUUGUUAAUUGUCUUCGUGAGAUACCAUCUGAAGAUAUUAUGUCAUAUCAGUCUUCGGAUCCGCCAGAAGCAUAUACCCACGCAAUUCGUCCUUUUAUUGAUGGAACGUUCAUACCACGUGACCCAAGAGAGAUGUACGCUGCAGGAGAGGUAAACCAAGUCACCGUCAUGACUGGAUGUCUAUCAGAAGAAGGAAACAUGUUUAUCAUAUCGCCUGAUAUGGAACUAGAAGGAUCUGAACGACCUGCCCUCAAUAAGACUGCAUAUGAGAUUCUCCUCACUAUCUUUAUCAGGAACGUAGAUGAUCUGGUCAAAGACACAGCUUCUCUGGUCUAUAUGAAUCCUCAAGAGAUUGUGGAAUCUAUACCGGAAUACACGGACAUUUUUGUCGACUUCAUGGGCGAUUUCUUCUUUCUUUGUCCGAGUUUUGAGACAGCUGAUCACCUCUCUGCAGCUGGUCUUACAACUUAUAAAUACAUAAUGUCACACCGUCCUUCUAUCUCAAUAUGGGGGAAGAGUAUUGACUGGCUAGGAGCAACUCAUGGUGAAGACAUCCCGUAUACAUUAGGGACCCCUUUCAUGGUAGACGCCCUCACUCUCAACCAGAGUUUUGUUCUUUCUGGUUUCUUUAACGAAGAGGAAGUGGAAUUUGCCUUGCAGGUUAUGAGGUACUGGUCCAACUUCGCAAAGACAGGAAAUCCGAACCUUCCCUCAGAUGAAGAAGAUGGUGAACCAGAAACUAAAUACCCCUUAUGGGAAACAUAUUCUAAGGACACUAAAACAUACAAAGAUCUUAAUCUGAGCCUUGAGAAUCGUAAAGGAUAUCCCAAUCAUCAACGAUGUAUGUUCCAGAAUGAUCUUCUGCCGAAGCUACAAGCAAAUGCGGCUGAAAUGGCCCGACUGAAAUCCAUCUUAGCAGAGAAGGUGGCCACUGACACUGAGAAGACAUGUGAAAAUGACGAUUCAUGCCCCCACGAGUAGAGGGGAGUAGAAGAGCAGAGAAAAGAAGAAUCUCCUUUCUUCUAUGUUUUUUUCAUGCAGACCGCUGCAGAAUACGUUUAAGAGCAUAAUAAUGCACAAAUUAAGGGUACUCCAGGUUGAAAAAACAUGAUUUUGCCAGAUAAAGCAAACUUAAAAAAACAAAACACUGAAAAUUUGAUCGAAAUCGGAAUAGGAAUAACGAGGUUAUGACUUGUGCAAAAUAUUUGCAUUAUUUCGGUGAAAGAGUGUGCAUGUCCUCAUAAAUAUUCAAUAACCAAAUUGAUGAUGUCAUAUUCCCAUUUGUUCAUUUUAUUAUAUGAAAUCGUAUUAACCAGUGACGUAUAGAUGGGGGAACACUUGCCACCAAAUUUUGCAUGACCAAGAAAAAAAAAUAAGAUAAGAAAAGAGAAAAGGGUGAAAUAUUAUGUUGUUUUCUGAAUAUCAUGUCGAAAUCUAUUUUUUUUAAUUGAUUUUUGGAAUGAAAAUGUCGAAAUAUCUUGCCCGAUACGAUUUACACUGUAAAAAAUAUUGAAUAAAAUUCUAACAAGCAAGAGAGUGAUUAUGUGUCGAACCAAUUUGGGACAGUCUUUUACCUAAUGCGGGAAGCAUAUAUUAUCUAGUAAUGUAAGGUUAAAAAUAAGCAGCAAUUACUUUAGAAUCGGCAAUAUUUUAAUCACACUGUGUAAAAAAAAUGCCCAAACGAAAUGCCCAAUUUGGUGGGACACAUUUACCCUCAUCAUGCUCAUGGAGCAUUUUUACCCAAUAUUUUUUAGAGUGAUAUCUGCUUAUCACGCCACUGGUAUUAAUACAAUUAUUUCUCCUCCAAGAAUUCCUAAAUCGAUUGACAACUGAUCUAUUACUAACAUUUGAAAUUCUAUAUAUCUUCGGUAUUUGUUAUCAGAUUUUGAUGAAUAUUUUCAGCCUUUUGCUCGGUGAAUUAUAAAUUAUUUAGUAAGACAUGAUUACUUUUUAGCCUGGAGCAACCCUUUAGUUGCCCUAAUGUACUCCUUAAAUUUAGUCAAGGUUGAACGUCAGAGUUCAUUGAGGAAUAAUAUUUGCCAUACGAUUGUUGAAUCUAAUCAGUAACUUGUUGGUCCGACACAGGACAAGUAUAGAGCCGAACAUAUUUAGCACAAGUCACAGGUAGGUCACAAUUUUGUUAUGACUAAGCGUAGACUGAGCAAACAUGAGAUGAGAAUCUUUAUGUACCAAAAGUUAAGGGAAAGGAGCACUUAUUUCAUUUGGGUAAAACUUCUUGGAAUCAACUACCAAUGAAACUCACAAACAAAACAUAAAGGUUAAGUUAAAAGCUGCAGUUGCUAGAAAACUGAAGAAACUGGAUUUUGUGAUCAAGAUUCAAGAUUCGUUUUUAGUAAAUAUAUGCAAUACAAAGAAUUUCAUUUUCCAAUGGCCUGUAUAAUAAGUAUAUUGACACAGAUGAAAAAUACAAAAUAAAUAAUGAAAACUGUAAAUAAACAGAUAAACAAAACAACUUAUUAAUAACUUUCUGCAAUUACUUUAAUACCCCUAAAAUUUCAUAAUGCAUGUGUAUGAUGGUAAAAGGACGGUAUAUUCCUCUAACCCCCCCCCCCCAUCCUAGUAUAUGAGGAAUAUUUCAAAAACAAUUAAUGUAGAAGAAACAGUAUGAUAAUAUAAUACUUGUACAAGACAAUCAUUUAUACGUCUUUAAUAUGUAACUACUUUUAGCUGUAUAGUCUUUGUUAUGCCGUGUAUUCAUUGUUUAGAGUGUUGUAGUAACAGACUAUCGUUAGUAUAUAUAUAUUAAUUAACUAACAAGUUAAGAAACAUAUUUUAAACGCUUAAUCCACAAGGGGUCAGCCAAUCCUGACUAGUAUUCAUGCUAUUUACUGGUACCCAUCAUCAUUCCUUUUCUACAUAUUCGCUACUAAUAGGCUAUAAACUUGUAAGAUUAAUGUAAUUAUAUUAUCAUAAAUAACAAAAUGUAUUGUUGUUGUUAUUAUUCCUAUUCUUAUUUUUAUUAUCAU